GUGUCAGUACUCCGUAUUUCGGUACGUCGGCAGGUGCGCGUGUACAAACGCGAACUGUUUUUUUUUUUUUCGUUUGCAUUAUUUUUUUAUUUUCGUUUCACACCUCCUCAGUCGCAUUCUCUCUCUUGUAGACCAUGGACCGUCAGCUCUACGGACCGGAGCUGAUCGGCAGCAAGGACCGUCGAAAAAUCCGGUAACGUCAAGGCACAACAACACCGACAGCAACUGACCAACUCUGACUGUGCUUACCGACAGCAAAACAAAUAACAAUACUCACCUCUAUCGCUUAUUCCCAACUACCUACGUACACAACAUUAUUUGCCACUCUAGGAUUUUCGCUGAUUCUCGUCACCGCAACCGCCACGGCCAUCAGAGUCCGCGCCCGUCAACACCCUCCACCGCGAAGCGCGCGGUAAACGCUUACCGAAGAAGAUACGGAACAACGGAACAAUGGACAGCUCUGAAUAUGAAUCGGUGAGAAAUCAAACGCUGCUGUUUUUCUUCGAGAAACUGGUCGACAAGGGUACGCCGCGAUCCUUGCAUGACCUCAGUUGUCAGUUCGGCUCCAAAGGGUUUACCAAGGAAAUGAGACAGAUCGCCGGCGGUUCGCAGUCAGGCUUAAAAAAGUUCCUGUCUCAACACCCGUCGUUGUUCACUUUGAACGGAGACCUGGUCGCUGCUUCUCAGAUUGUUGCACCGGUACAAGCCGAUACCAACUACAACCACCGGGCAGUCGAGUAUUUUAAUGAUAAACUAUUGAAGUACGGAGUUGGAACCGAAGUGCCGAUUCGAUGCUUACUUGGACACCGCUCUCAAGCGCCACCUGAGAUUCGUCUGAUAUCUGGUUUGCACAUUAAAGAGUUCAGAGAUUUUUUGUUGAAGUAUCCCGAAGUGUUCACCGUUGGUGAAGACACUGUUAUACUUACCAAAUAUGCAGGAUUAGAGCGUAAAAUGUAUGAUGACAGCAGCGAAGUACGUGAAGAAAAAAUCGAUCCAGAAAUUACAAAACGUCUCCUAGUAUUUUGUGUACAAUGUUUGGAAUGCAAAGGGCCGAUGUUAACUGAUCAACUGUUUCAUAGUAUUUCUUUGCGUUUCACAGAAAAUACCUGGUCUCCAAUAUUCAAAACUCCAUCAGAUUUAUUUACAUUCUUAAAAAUGCAUCCGGAUCAGUUUAACACACAAUCCGAUUUGAUAACAUUAGCUAAAAAUGGUCCUAAACCAGAAGCCAAAAUUAUUCGAACUCCGAUAGAAGUUGUACCAUUAACUCCUCCCAUGUCACCACCUCUUCCUAAACCAGUAAAAAAUCAGUCUCUUAAACAACGAAUUAAUAGUUUAGUCAUGAAAACAAUCGCUGAAAAUACUGAAAGAAAUAACAAAGCACCAAAUGGUUAUGAUGAUGUUGACGCAUGGAAAGGAAAAGUGUUAAAUAAUGUCAAAGCAAUUGUAAUAAGCAUUAAAGAAUGCUCUAAUAUUGUUGAUAAAAUUUUAUCACGGAAAUUACCUAUUGGUAUAGAUUUUGAAGGAGUAUGUAUUGGAGCCAAUGGUCAAUUAAGUUUAAUGCAAAUAGUAAACGAAGAUGGAUCAUGUUUUAUAUUUGAUUUAAUAGCUUGUCCAUUAUUAAUUAAAAACGGUGGACUACAAACUUUAUUAGAAAGUGAAGAAGUACUUAAGGUGAUCAAUGAUUGUCGAAACGAAAGUUUAAACCUGUACAACCAGUUUGGCAUUGCAAUGAAAAAUGUGUUCGAUAUUCAAGCUGCUAUAGCUGUGAUUCAAUUUCAAGAAACUGGACAACCCGUCUAUAAGGCAAAAAAUUGUAGUCUUAAUACUAUAUGUGAAAAAUAUGGUUUGCCUAUAAAUCCAUCUAGAGACCAGCUAAGAACUCUAAAUAAAAAAGAUCAGAGGUAUUGGCUACGAAGGCCAUUAUCUAGGGAUAUGCUUGCUUAUGCUGCUAGUGAUGUACUAACUCUUAUGCCUCAAUUAUAUAAAACUUUAUCUACUCAAAUUCAUCCGUCCAAUACUAAAUUGCUAGAAGAGUUAUGUGAAGAACAAGCAUUUUUAUUUAUAGUACCUGAUAAUGUGCAAAAACGUAAGCACCAGCGUAAAAUUGAUAAUGAGUUGCAAGUUCUCAAGGAUAAAUUAUCUUCUGAUAAUGGAAAGAAUGUUGUUCUUAGUAACAGAGAAUUGAGAUUAUUAAGACAUUUAGAAUUAACUGAUGAAGAUAAAGAAAAAUUAAAAGGAUCUAUGAAAGUUGCCAAAAAAUUGGAAAAAAUGGAAGGAAAAAAUAUGAAAAGCAAUGGAGAAGAUGGUGAUUCUAAUGAGUUUUUAAGUUUAGACAGCAACAUAAGUGGGAAGUCAACAUCAUCAGAUAAUUCAGCAUCAGGUGAGUUCCAAUCGACUGCAUCUGAACAACCACCAAGCUUAACCGAAUCUAUGCAAAUGAUGGAUGAUGUUUUGUCUGAUAAGCUGAUGGAUCGUUUAGAUAAAAUUGAACGUCUGGAAUCAUUGUUGACAAUGGCUAUGGAUGCUGAAUCAGAACAAACAGAUAGUUUAGAUGUUUCACCUUUAGGUUGCAAGUGCACGUGCCAUUUAUUUGCUAAUGAUACUGUAGAAAUGUCAACACAAACUGAACCCAUAUAGUACAUUGUUGGGAAUGAAAAAAAUACCUGGGGUUUAUGAAAUUGUGUAAUCUGCCAUGGCUUGUAUGCCCUAAUGUUUUUACAACCAGGUUUCAAAUUGCUUUUCAUUAAUUUAAAAAAAAAAAAAAAAAGCUUUAUUUAGAAAAUCUGAGUUUGUACAUAUAUAUAUGAUAUCUAUUGAGAAACUAAUUAACAGGGUUGAGUCUGUACAAUAUCCGUCCAUAAUAUUAUUAUACCUGCUAUAUAUAGUGUAAUGAUAUAGCAGAGUUUAUAUAUAAUACUUGAAAUUUGGCAGCAUUAAAGAAAACCGCAAGGCGGUUAGACUGAUAAAUACUAUAUUUUUAUUAAGUCCGCGUUAGCGUUCCAAUGUGCCUUUGUAGAUGUUAGAUAAAUUAAUUUAUAGUUGAAUUUGUUUGCUCAAACAGUAUUAACCGAUACGAUAGUAGUGCGUAGCGAAGUUCAUAUUCAAAAAUCAGAAAUGUUCAA